AUGCUCGUGCUAUACGAGACCGCCAUGGGCUACUGUCUCUUCAAGGUAUCAGACUCUGCAAAAAUCGAGAGCGCAGAUCUAUGGAAGGAAUUCGAAACGCCUCAGCAGGCGAAUAAGCUACUGAAGCUGAAGGCUCUGCACCGGUUCACGUCAACGGCCACUGCGGUGGAAGAUAUUUCUGCCAUACAAAAUGGGAAGAUCGGCAAGGGGUUGAAACAGUUUCUAACCGACGAAGUACUGGGGAAGGGAAAGGGCAAGGAGUCUCUGGUGGUUAUUGACCCUCAUCUUGGACGGUCAAUCUCAAAAAAGCUGAGUAUUAAUGUAAAUGCUAUGGCGGAGGGCCAAAAUGGCGAUCUUUGGCGCGGUAUUAGGUCGCAACUUGCAGCUCUGCUAGACGGGUUGGACCCGAAAGAUUUGGCGACUAUGAGCUUGGGGUUGAGUCAUUCUUUGGCAAGAUUCAAACUGAAAUUCUCCCCGGACAAGGUGGACACGAUGGUUGUUCAAGCUAUUGCCCUCCUUGAUGAUCUGGACAAGGAGAUUAACAUCUACGCUAUGCGAGUCAAGGAGUGGUAUGGCUGGCAUUUCCCUGAAAUGGCUAAAAUUAUCUCUGACAACGUCGCUUAUGCCAAAACCAUCCGGCUGAUGGGAUUCCGCACAAAUGCGGCAUCAACGUCAUUCGCCGCCAUCCUCCCAGAAGACCUCGAAGCCGUACUGAAAGCGGCUGCCGAAAUCUCGAUGGGAACUGAAAUAUCUGACUCUGACAUUGCUCACAUCCACUCGUUAUGCGACCAAGUCAUCUCAAUCUCAUUAUACCGGACUCAGCUCGCCGAAUAUCUCCGAAAUAGGAUGAAUGCAAUUGCACCCAACUUGACGGCGCUGGUCGGAGAGUUGGUUGGCGCGCGGCUGAUCAGUCAUGCAGGCAGCUUGUUGAGUCUCGCGAAACAUCCUGCUAGUACAAUUCAGAUCCUUGGAGCGGAGAAGGCCCUCUUCAGGGCAUUGAAGACGAAGCACGACACACCGAAGUACGGCCUAAUUUACCAUGCUUCACUUAUCGGUCAAGCUCCCCCUAAACUAAAGGGCAAAAUGGCACGUAUGGUAGCCACCAAAGCUGCACUGUCAAUCCGUGUCGACGCCCUCACGGACGCUGACGGAAAGUCUGAGGAAACGGCGCCCUCAAUAGGCGUUGAAAACCGCGCGAAACUUGAAUCACGGCUGCGGGCACUUGAACAUCAAGAACAAGGUAACGGUGUACGCCGGUUCGAUAACGGUGGCAAGAAGCAGCAGCGGUUUGAAAUGACCGGCGAGACCAAGACGUACAACACCAAUGCGGAUGCGAUGGAACUAGAUUUGAAAGACGAUGAGAGUGAAAUGGACGUAGAUGAGGAAGAGAGCAAGAAGGAGAAAAAGGAGAAAAAGAGGAAGAGGAGGGAGAGUGGGGCGGAUGGAGAGGAGACAGAAGAGGAACGAAAGGCAAGGAGAAAGGCCAGAAAAGCGGCCAAAAAGGCGGCGGCUGCAGCUGGGGGCGAUUCACCAAAGAAGAAGAAAAAAAAGUCGGAGGCAUGAGUUUGGUUGGAUCGUUGUUGUUUUUCUACACUUGUUAUAUUUCCAAUGUUAUAUAUUUCCUAA